AUGAUUAUGAUUUGUAGAUGUGUACAUCCAUAUGUCAAAGCUGCCGAAUUGGUUUCAACCACAACAACAAAUAAGAAAAAGGAGGAUAAAAAGGAGAAGAAAUUUUUGGGACGAUUAUCAUACAAACUUGAUUAUGACUUUGAUAAGAAUUCACUAACGGUAACUGUCAUUCGAGCAGAAGGAUUACCAGCAAUGGAUCUUGGUGGCACCUCUGAUCCAUAUGUUAAGCUAUUCCUUUUACCGGACAAAAAGAAGAAAUAUCAAACAAAAGUGCAAAAGAAAUCGCUUAAUCCUAUUUUUAAUGAAAAUUUCAUAUUUAAGAUACCAUAUAACGAAAUUAGCAGUCAAACAUUGGUUAUGAGUGUUUUUGAUUUUGAUAGAUUCGGUAAACAUGAUCAGAUAGGCGAAAUUUCAAUACCUCUUGGAAAGACAGACUUAGCGACUACCAUUGAAUGCUGCGACCUGAUCCAAUCUCCACCCGAAAAUAGGUUAGGUGAAGUUUGUCUAGCACUUCGUUAUGUUCCAAAUAAGAAUAAAUUAACGGUUGUUGUAAUGGAAUGUAAAAAUUUGAAAAGAAUGGAUGUUCUUGGUUUAUCAGAUCCAUACGUUAAAAUUUAUUUGAUGUUACAAAAGAAGCGAUUAGAAAAGAAGAAAACAACAAUUAAAAUGAAAACAUUAAAUCCAUAUUACAAUGAAUCGUUCAGUUUUGAUGUCAGUCCAGAGAAAAUGCAGCGGGUGCAUUUGCAAGUGACGGUUUCGGAUUACGAUCGUGUUGGUUCAAAUGAACGUAUCGGUCACGUUAUCAUCGGUAAUAAUGCUAAUGGUGUAGCAUUAAAGCAAUGGCAAGAUGUACUUGCAACACCACGUCGUUCCGUUGCACAAUGGCAUGUAUUAAUGCCAUUCAAUGAUGAUUAA